AGAGGAAGUAGGCUACAAAAGUAGUACCAGGGAAACAGCUUGUGGUCGAGGAGAGAACCUAUGGCUACUUCCUCCUCUACCCUCCUCUCCACUUUCUCUCCAUCCAAUCUCUCUUAUAACCAGCUCCGCCCUCACCUCCCCCUCUUCCUCCUCCCUCAUUGCCACCAAAUCCGCCACCGACGUCUCCUCACCCCCAUCCAAAACCGCCGUAACGGCGGCGGCGAGCCACCCGACCGUCUAAUCUCCGCAGUCUGCUACCUCUACCCCUUCCUCGACGGCGUCCAUUUCGGCCGCUUUCUUCUCGCUCAGUUCCCUCCCAUUCAGCUCAUCAUUUUCCCCUUCGCACCUGCAAUACGCCUUUUUCGCGCUUCACCUCUCAACCCUAUCCUCAUCUUCCUCACCCUUUACUUCGCCGUAGUACGCAAUCCGUCCUCCUUCAGCCGUUACGUUCGCUUUAACACGAUGCAGGCCAUUGUUCUCGACGUCCUCCUGAUCUUUCCCGACCUAAUCGAGCGUUUCUUAGCCCCACGAGACGGCGUCGGCCUCGACAUAGUCAUGUCGAUUGAUAGCACCGUCUUCCUCUUCCUUCUGGUCAGUUUGAUAUACGGUUCCACCACUUGCCUUCUCGGUCAGGUUCCUCGGCUACCGAUCGUCGCGGAUGCUGCUGAUAGGCAGAUAAUUGGCAUUUAAUGUGACCAAACCAUCUUAGACGACUCUCCCUAAUCUUGUCUGCCACUGGAGCCACACCAACCCUUUCACAGAUAAAUUUGUCUCUCAUUUUGGUCAGAGGAAAAAUAUUCGUAGGAUCAAAUGUCUAUGAAGGGGAGAAGUUGAUGAAUGUAUGUUUAUUACUAGGAUAAAUACAGUAUUCAUAUGUUGGGGCAUUUACAUACGUA